AUGUGUGAUCUUUAUUGUGAUACCACAUUUAGUAAAUCAAAUAUCGAAGAUAAAUUUAAAUGUGGUUCAAAAACUAAUUCACGAAUAUGGGCUGUUUAUGGUUUAAAAUACAUGUGUUUGGACAAUUUUAUUUAUGUAAAAGAAUUAUACCAAUGUAUGAAUUCAGAUUUAUCAUCACCGGACGCAUACAUUUACGAUGGAAAAAUACCAUGGAAUAGUUUUCUAAAAAUUAUUCAUAAGUUAAAUUUAACAAAAUCGGGUGUUAGAAUACGUUUUGAAAAUGAUAGUAUCAUUGAUCCUAAGUGGAAAUGUUUCGAAACAGAUUCAUCUAUGGAAAUGUACAUACAUUUUCAGUAUUUUCAUACAACCACCGAUUAUGUAUUACAACGUGGCUGUUUAAAGUUAUUUAGACAUAUAUCGUUUCGACGUGCAGGUAUUCCUACAUUACGUGUAAUCAAUUUAAAAGAUAAUGUUUCAUUAUCUGAAUACAAUCAAGUUUCUGAAAAUGAUCAAAAGUAUUUAAAAUUAUUGAUUGAUGGAUGUCCAAGGAAUUGGUUUGAUUUAAAUCGUCAUUGUUAUCGAAUAUCAAAUACAAAAGUUUAUAAGUUUAAAAGUUUAAAACUCGAGUGCUCGAAUUCUGAACUGAAAGAUUUAGAAUUCGAAUGA